AUUUCAUUUAAAAUGUUCUUGUGUCCGUGGAAAUAAAUACAUGCUAGCAAACUAAUAACAUAUGUCUUUUUUAAUCUUGUAAAUUAAGAAUGUCAAGGUGUAUGUUUAAAUCAAAAGGCGCGCGUAGAUUUGAAACACCCCCUGAGAUGAAGUGGUUUCUGCUAAUGUUUGAAGUCUGAGCCAUUCUGGAAAUAUGUGGUUGCUAGCAAGGCUUACAGUUGUGAUGGGCAACUGACGCCAUUUUGUUUCCACCCAGGAGACACCAUCGUUUACUUACUAAAGACCAAUGGAGCCAGCAUGGCGAACAUAGUGCUACAGUUUCUUAAACGGCUAAAAACUAUAAACAUUGGUUGCUAGAGGCGGGGAUUGGUGCAUUGGUCCUGUGUAUCUGCCCUUAGUCUUGUCAGAGUGGUAGAAGGCAAUGCAAUGCAGCAACAGUUUUAAAUUGAUGAAGGGUUGCCCGUGGAUUAUCCAGAUUCAAGUUAUUAUCAUUGGAAUAAAAAGGGUGUUUUUUUUUAUUUUUUUAUCUUUAACAUUUCACUCAAUGGCGACUGAAUGCACCCAGGACGCGGUUUUACAGUUUCUGACUGAGAGAGGGGGCAAAGUGAGAAACGUGGAUCUGAUAGAUCAGUUCAAACCAUUCAUUUUGAACGACCCUGCCAAAAAAGCUUUGGCAAAGGCAAGGUUCAAGGAGUUUGUGGACACCGUGGGGGUUGUGAAGGUUGAAAACGACGUAAAGUAUGUUUGUCUGAAAAAAAAGUACAGGGAUACUUUGAAACAGCGCGUUGGGAAAAACGCAGAUGGAGACAAUGCUGGCAGUGGAAUAAAAGGGGGCCCUGGUACUCAAAUUCUGGGACUUAACACGAGCCAGUGCCCUAAGAACAGUGCAGACUGUAGUCGUGGAUUCGGUAAUGGGUGGCCGGCAGAAUCGGAUAGAAUAGGCGGAGUAGAUUUUGACACUGCAUAUGCUCUCCUGUCAAAGCCUGUUGUUGGUGAAGCUAGUUUAAACAAUACUGCAAACGAUGUUGCAAAACACGAAAUAUUUGUUCCUGUGUCGGAUUACGGAACUAGCAAAGGUGCACAUAGAACACCGCCAGAUGUUUCUGCAGAUAUUUCAGAAGGUAAAUCGUUAACAUUGUCAGAAGUCGAGCCAGCCGUCGCAGCUGCCUCCCCUAUCGACUGGCAUUCUGAACUUUGUAGUGAUUUGGAUAACACGGGUUUGUCAGAAAUGGGGAACACAAAUACCAGCUCAUCUACGAACAGUAAUGCUGAUAGUUGUAAUCGCCAAAGAGAUGUCGAAUUUAUUCUGCCUAGUAUAGCAGUGACAGAGGCUUCUCCAUUGCCCACAGAAAUCAAAUGUCACACAUUUCCAAUUCCUGAAAAUGAAAACGCAGAAAGUAUUAAAGAGGGGUGUUUUUCUCAGCCUGUUGAAGAAUGCAGCACGUCUGUUAACUUGGCAUUGGAUACUGCUCCACUCUGCUGCGGUGCUGGAAAUGAAGAACCUGUGAGCCAGCACACUGCAGAUUCCAAGGGUGCAGAUGGGGAGUCCUGUACUGAUGGAGAUGUUAAAGCUGUCAAAAGCAGCCCUGAGUUGAGGGAUAGGAAAGAUGAUUUACAUCAAGACUCUAAAGGUGCGCUCUUGGCAGAAAUUCCGAACAGGAGACAAAGCUCAAGAAAUGUUUUUCAGCGUAACCUGCUGGCUAGCAGAGAUCAGCAGUCUGGUAAGCUGGCUGAAGAUACGACAGCAUACAGUCAACCUGAUUCCUCCUGUGCUUCUGGGAAUGAAAGUGGUGGCAGCACCCCUAAAGGUAGUAGAAAAAUCUUUAGAGAUAUGAUGAUGAACAGUUCACCCCAACUGAGGAGGAGCAUGGCUCUUAAAAACCCAGGUUCCUUGUUACCAAAACGGAGGGACUCCAUGAAAAGUGAAAGUGACGCAGUCUCCCUGGUGUCCUCUACAGAGGAAGACAGCAGAUCACUGGCCCUAGAUCCAAUGGAACAUGAAUGGAUGAUGUGUGCUUCUGAUGGCCAGUGGGAAAGCCUCAGUCGCUUACUGGCAUGUGACCCCAACUUGGUCAUCAAAAAGGACUUUGUAACUGGGUUCACCUGUCUGCACUGGGCAGCAAAACAUGGUAAACAAGAACUUAUAGCAUUGCUUGUUAACUUUGCCAAACAGCACGCUGUACAACUGAACAUUAAUACUAGGUCCAGUGCAGGCUAUACACCUUUACAUCUAGCUGCCAUGCACAACCACGAGCAAGUAGUAAAAUUACUAGUUGGUGCCUAUGAUGCAGAUGUGAACAUAAGGGACUACAGCGGCAAAAAGGCUUGGCAGUAUCUGCGUGAAGAUGUUGAUGGAGAUAUCCGAGACAUUGUUGGUGCUACUGAGCAUUCUGAUGCUGACAGUCUAGGUAAUGGGGCUGGGCGCUGGAGGCUGUCAAAAGUUCUUCCUUCAAACUUGUUGCCACACAAACUGUUGAAUCUUCCAGAAGAUGAUUCAUGUGGUGAUGGGCCCGCAGUAAAGACCAAGUCUGUCUACAGGAAAACAUCUAUGAGCAAAAUAAGACCCAAACUAAAACAAAUUAGAUUUAAAACCCAAAUAAUCCAUAGCUCCUUCUUUAAAGAAACAGAAGAUGGAGAAAGACCCCUGAAAAGCCCUUCUAAAUCAAGACCCAAGUCUAAUCUUUUUGGAUGAGACAGAUAACAAUACAAUAUGUAUUAUUUACCAGUAAAUGGUACGGUUUAACAUGUGUCUACAAUCAAAAGGUGAUGGUCAUAUAUUUAUGAAACGUAUGCAUAUAUAAAGUGUACAGCAGCUUUUCAUGACUUUCUUGUAGCACUUAGGGGGGUUUGAUCUAUCUGUACCACACUUGGAUUUUCUUCAGAGCAUUUUACAGUUCCUGGGAAUCCACCUGGAUUGCAUCAACCACUUGGAAAAUGUAACAAAAUGGUAAAGGGAUUACACCCCUAUAAAAUGUUUAUAUGUAAUGUGUGAGUUUUAUUCCUACUGAACAGUCAGAUUUUUAUUUUCUGCAAAGCAUGCAAUGAUUUCUUUACCUACAUGAUAGGUUUACAAAUCAACUGCCAUGUUUAUAUUCUGCUGUAAAGGUAAUGUUGCUUGUUGCCCAGAUCAGUCUCAGCUGCCUGCCUUUUUAAAGUUCUACUGUUCAUGGCUAACCGCUAGCUUUACUUGCAGUUUAUGAGUGCACUUUUAGCAACAGCAGCAGAUAUCCAAUUAAUCCUGAAUUAACUGGACACCAAAGGUUCUGGUCACUAAGUACCUUUGAAAAUUAACUGGUCACCAAGAUGCCUUUGUAAUUUGCUUUCAACUAAGAGAAGGUGACUGCUUGCAGGUUUCCUGUUAUAAAGAGACUACAGUUUGACACUUUGUGCCUGACAUCGGUGAUAGAGACGAUACAGUACCUAGAGAACCGCUUAUUCAAUUGUGAUGAAGCUUGCUAAAGACAUUUUUGAGUAUAGGUUACCAAGAGUAUUAGAAUGUUGGGGUAUAUGUAUGCAUGUAUGUAUGUAUGUAUGUAUGGGGGAUGUGGGAUGUAUGUCAUUGACAUACUUGUUUCCAAACAGCUAGCAGCUUAUUAUUUAUUUCCCUUCAAAAAACCGCAAGAAGAUUUGGAUUUUAAUCCAAAACCAAAUUGUUAUAUUUAAUAUCUAGCAUAUGAUGGUGUAGUCAUAUUUGUUAGCGAUGCCAAUGAUUCACAUGAUUUAAAAAAAAAUAUUAACACCAUUUUGAAUCUAUUCUUCUUUUACACUGUGCUUACCAUUGUUUUGGACAGUCUGCUGCCCAGUACAUUCACUCAGAUCUAUUACCUGUCUGAAAAACGUUUAAUUGUAAGUAGUAUCUUUGUUAUGCCCUGUUCAAGGUGCAUUUUUAUUCCUCGAAAAUAGUUUAUCAUUAUUGAUUGUAAACGUGUGAUAUAUGUUAUAUAAAAAAGUUAACAUAGUUAAAGAUAAUCAAUUAUGUAUGAAAACAAAAUACAAUACCAGCCAGGUAAAUUGAGCCUGUAUUCAAAUAAAAACUGUUUUACCAAUCACUUAGAGAAACAAAACAAAAAAAAACUAUAUAAAAAUAUUUUUACAUAGAAAUUGUUUAUUUUGAUAAUCUUUUUUAUUUAACACUUCUAAAAUAUUUACAUAUGAUUAUUUUUUAGCAUACAUAAAUACAUAAUAAUGUACAUUUGCUACAUUGUAGGUGAACUCUAACCUGGUUAUUUCUGAGUGAUUUUUAGUAAACUGACCUUUAAGUGCAGUACUGAAUUCAGAACUAUUAUGUGCUUAUAUUUGGGGAUCAUUAGUAAUAGGAAUAAGUACAUUUUACUAUAAUAAUCUAAUCAGUUGACUAUAACUCUAAACAGGCAAUAUUUUACACUAGCUUCAAUACUUUUUUCAACAUCUGUUGAUUUGUGCACUACUUAGAUGUGAAUAAGCUAACAGAUAAACUGCACUGGGAAUUGGGAUGCUUGUAAAUCAGACAGUUCUGAGCAUGUUAUAUGCAGUUUAUAGGCAUCAGCUGCUAGUUAAUGUAAAAAUCAUUGACCACAUUUUCUCUUUGAUACUAAGGCUGGCCCUCUAUCUUGUAUAAAGCUUUUUUACUGACGAUAAUUGUAUUAAUAACUAUAUUAAAACACUACCACCUAUGUUAAAAGGUUUGAAAUUUGUUUUACAAGUUACAAAAAAAAACCUGUAGUUAUCAGCUGUCAGUUUGCCUUCUGCAAAUUCCAGCUGCUGUGCUUCUUCAAUUGCUAAACUGACCAUACAAAAGGUAACUGUAACUACUAUAAAUAUGUGCAGUUGUUAUUAAUAGUAUAACAUUUCCAAAAAUAAUGUUCCAAUGUUUUAGCAUCAUAUGCCAAAUACAGAUUGAAUGCAUAGACUAUUGAAACAAACGGUUUUAAUGAAAAAGUCAGUUAUGUGCUGCUUUUGCUCUGACUUCAAUCCAGAGGCACCCGUUGUGAAGGGUCUUUAUCCGAUUGCUACGGUGUCCUGACAUCAGGCUUACAUCUUCUGAUGGAAUAACAAGCUCCUUAAUAAUGUCUUUCUGUAUUUUCAUAAUCAGUCCAAUAUCGGAGACCAAUAUUUUUGUUCCAAAUACUAGGAUCCCAUCAGCCUCAAAGAGAGCCUGGACGAUAUAUUUGGUAGAUCUAUACUUUAACUCAUUGAUAAAAAAAUGCAAUGUUUGUAUGCUUCUGUUAUGCUUGCCCAGCAUGUGUUUGUGUAUUUGUUUCUGUCGGUAUCUUCUGACCUGGAUGUCUUUAGGAGCUAUCUUGUCAUGUGGAACUGUGGAACAAAUUCAAGUUUUUUUGAGCAGUUAUUGAAGCAUGAGUGAUUCAUAAAGUUAUGAGAUUCAGCCUACUUGUUACACAGUCCACAUUGAAAAUGGAAUGCUGUGCCCUUGUGAGUCCUGCCAAGUGUUGUUCUGAAUAGCAGUGCAGCAUUUUACUGAAUUGUGUCCAAGCCAAAGUUCAACUCUAUGGGCACAGGAUUGAAUAGGCUUCUGUGUAGUCAGUUUACAAUAUUAACAUGUGUUACUUAUAAUCAUAUGUUCUCAUAUGCUAUAUAAUUUGGAUAGCAUAUAUCAUAUUUUUUACAGCUGAAGUAUACUGUAAUUCCUACUGUAUUUGGUAGAUAUCUGUCCUUCGGUUGAGACGUAAAACCGAGGUCCUGUUGUAAGUGUCUCUGCACCAGCAGUUGUUAAUGCAUAGUUCACCCCCUAGUCUCUGUAAGUCGCUUUUGAUAAAAGCGUCUGCUAAAUGACUAGUUAAUAAUAAUACUAUUACAAAAGAGCUAGUGUUUGUAAAUACAGAUGAGCGUAAAAUGUAUACAAGAAGUACAUGUUCAAAUGAAUAAAAAAGGCACUUCAACUAUAGAAUAAUCCCAGAAUCUGAUUGGCUUUAAAGGUAUCUUAGCUAUUUUUCUUCUUCUUCUUGUUUAGAAUGACAUUAUAUACCAUUGUCUUAUUCAUUACUCACAUUCUGGUGAUUUUAAAGCACCAAGCCAAUUGGUGUUAAUUGGAACUGUAUUAUAUCAUAAAACUGGAUUUGAAUUGAAUGCACAUGGAAACUUAACAGCACUCUAACCCUGACUGUAGAUGAUCAAUAUCAAGACACUUACAAUUACUGCAUCUGUGCCAUGCCUUUUCAUAAUUACAUCUGAAUAAUUGAAAACCAAAAACAACAGAAGGAAGCAAUAGAAAAUCUGGUGUAUUUUAGUUGUAAAUCUGAGAUCAAGCGAGAUCUAAAAACUUGUGUGGUCUCAGAAGCUAAGCAGGGUUGGGCCUGGUUAGUACUCUACUGGGUCUACCAGGUGCAGUAGUUUAGCCUACACCAGACCACUGCUACAUAUAAUAUACUGUAGUUCUCUUUGGCAACCUUAUAGAUGCAUGUUAAAGUGUAAAUUGCAUAAUUGCAUCAGUAUUCAGUGUAUGAAUUGUAUAACACUAAAACAGGGUAUAUGAUGUAUUGGAUAUAUCACAGUACAGGACAUGCACUUAAUUUAUCUAUGUUUUCUGUAAAAUUGAUUGUGGGUGGGGCACAUUGAAUGUUGUUAUGUACACAGAAACUGGAACUGUUUUAUCUGUACCGGUACGUUUUUGAAGGGGUGGUUUAUUUUUUUGUGAAGAACUUUUGUUUUUUUACAUCUGAAACAAAUACACUGAAAAUGUGUCUGGGCUGGAGCCCACAUGAACUAGUUAUUUACAACUACCUAAGGUUAUGUUUUAUUAGGAUUUUUUGGGACAGAUUUACCAGUUUUAAGUUUGCUCCUUUUUUUUCUCCAAUGUAAAAUAAAAAUAGUUUUAGAACUGAAAUUACAAGGUGGGUGUGUUUUGUACCACCAUUUAAUUAACAUUCUUAGUUUAUAUUGUUUAUUGGAAUAAACUUUUGUCUGGAGUUACAUCUCAGUAAACAUUUGUGCUAUUUUAUUAUUAUGAUUUGUUCAUGCAAAUAUAGGAAAGCUGUUAUUAUGACUACACUCAAAUAGGAUGCCAACUUUAAAAAAUAUUAGUUUAGCCCCUACUUUUACACUACUAAAUGAUUCAUUGCAUGUAUGUUUUGUUGCUUUGUUACUUGAGGUCAUUUUAAGAGACACCUGCCAUUUCCCUGAUGUACAUAUACAAUUAUGAACAGAUUGUGGAGUGCUGCCUCUGCUACAUUGAGUGAUGUGAUUGAGCUUCAUACUGUAGGUCAAAUUGAUUUCCUCUCUUAUAAUGUGCAAAGUGACUCAGUGUUUUUUUUUUUUUUUUUUUAAACUACCAAGGGUCUCUUGCUGUAAAAUUGUAACGAGGUACUGUUUUAUAUGGCUUGCGCUUUACAAAACAGGUAGUGGACAAAAAAAUGGAAACACCUGGUUAAAUGAGGGACACCAAGUAUAUUGAAAGCAAGGGCUUCCACACAGGUGUGGUUCAUGCUUUAAUUCAGCAAAUAACAUCCCAGCAUGCUUUGGGUCAUGUAUGAAAAUGCUGGACAGGCCUGGUUGCCUAUAAUUAUGGCUAGCAUGGCUGCAAGAGGAGACCUCAGUGACUUUGAAAGAGGGGUGAUUGUUGUGGCGCGUUUGGCAGGAGCACCUGUGAUCACGACAGCUCAACUUGCUGAUGUUUCACGAGCAACGGUGUCUAAGGUGAUGUCGGCAUGGAACUCCGAGGGAAAGACGUCAUCAGUAAAGGGCAACAGUGGGUGGAAGCGCAUACUCCAGGGUCGUGAUAUCUGUGCAUUAAUUUGAAGUGCAAGGCAAAACAGACGAGCAACUGCAGAUCAACUCGCUGCAAACUCAACUCAACCUGGGGCGUGAGCAGCCAGUUUCAUCAAAAACGGUCCGCCGAAAACUCCACAGCGGGAUACCAUAGUGGCCCAACGCCCUAUUAAGUGACUUUCCAAAGUGACUUUGGAAACACAUUGGUGUUUCCAUUUUUGGUCCACUACCUGUAUGUCUUGUGCACUGUAAUCAGAAUGGGUGAAAGGCCUGGCUGCCUUUUUGAUUUUUUUGUGCAUUUAAUAGAUAUUAACCUUUAUUUUUUGUCUUUGGGUUUAUGGCAUGAUGUUCAUACGAUGCCGAUUUAUUCAAUUGUUAAAAAAAAUAAAAAUAAAAAAAAUAAACUUUCCAACAAAA